AUGUUUAGUUCACCAAGAUUAACUCGGACAUCUAUGGAUAAAAUGACAGCUGCAAAACGUAUUCUUGAUGAAAAAUGUCAUACUAUUGAACAAUUACAAACUAUUAUUGAUGAAUUAAAAUUUCAACAUGACAAAAAAGAACAUGAAUUAGUUAAACAUAUUGGAAUAUUAUAUAAUGAUUUACAUCAAAGUAAAAAGAAGAUGGCACAUUUAAUUUUUAAAUAUCAACAACAGAAAAAAUUUAUUGAGAAUAUCAAACCAGUAAAAGAUUUUGCAACACAAACUGAUGAAAUAAAUUCUUCUUUAAUAUGUCCAAAUUGUUCAACACCAUAUCAAAGACCAGCAUCUCCAAAGAAAACAUUAGAAAAACAUCCUAAAUAUUAUACUCUACAAUUAGACAACAAUCUUGAAUAUAUAUCCGCUACACCUCAAGCUCCAUCCGAUCAUUCAUUAUCAUCGCCUUCUCUAUCGACAACCGAUCAAUCAUCAAUAAAACAUAAUGAAAGUAGUUCAAGUGCAUAUAAUACAGCUGACAGUUUACCAAGUAGUGCAUACUCGGAUGAAAUCGAAUCCCUUGAACGUGUCUUAAAUGCUGCAUGCACAAUGUAUACAACACAUGAUAAUCUUGAACAUACAAUAAAAUUACAAGAAGAAUUAUUUCGACAACGUUUACGUUUACGUGGAGUUAAUCUUAAUGAUAAUGAUGAAGUAUCAAGUGAACAUUUUUAUGAUAAUAUUGAUGGUGAAACAAGUGAUAUUGAAAAACAAACAGUAAUAGAACAACAAAAUCGUACAUUACCUUGGUAUCAAAGAAAACAACAACGAACUGUAACAUUUAAUUUACAUAAUGAUGAACAAAAUAAAAUAAGAACGAUACCAAAUAAAGUUCGAUUUAGUGAUCAAUGUUAUCCAAUAAAUAAACGUAAAAGUUUUCGAUCGUCAUCGAAAACAAAUCUUACAAAAUUAUCGAAUAAUAAAAAAAGUGUUUGUCAACAAUCAAUAAUGGCAAAUAAAAAAUUAUUAUUAUCAAAUAUGUUAACUGUGACAAUAACUUAA